AUAAAUUAUGAAUUUAAUUAUUUUGAUCAUAGUAUCGUCUGUAAUAGGGGAAGAAUUAAUAAAUUUGAAUACUAAAACAUUCUUAAUAGAAAGUUAGAUAGAAGGAGUGAAGGAAGUAAUACAGGGAUCACGUUAAUAAAUAACAAACUUUGAAAAUGCCGAAUAUGCAAUCAAUAUAGAAUUGAAAGGAAAUAAUAGUUAUCCAUGGGAUAUUUGUUUUUCUUAAUAAGGUUCAAUAGAUUUUGCAAAUUAUGAAAAUCAUCAUACUAUAAUUUAUAAUGCUACACAUGAUCCUGAUGAAGAACAUGCAAAUGAUCCAUCAUAUUAUUUAAGUACACCAAUAUUGGUCAAUAUGGUUAAUACAAAUAAAAGUAUAUUGAUUGUAACAAGUGAUCAUUCUCUAUUGAAUUAUAAUGUUACAUAGGAUCGAUUUAGUAGAGUUGGAUUUUAAACAAAACUUAUAUAAGAAUAUGAUUACGAUUUCUUAAGAAGUGGAGCAACAGAAGCUGAAGUUCCUUAAAUUUUAUAUGCUUCUAUGUUUAAUUAUGUAUUUUUGGUAUAUAGAGAUCAAAUUUUGAAAGGCUAUGUAGAACCUAAUAUGACUUUGAAAAAUUGCACUAUUGGUGGAUUAGAAAAUGAUAACAAUUUUAUAGGAUCAAUAAAAAUUUAUGAAAAUUUUAUGUUUGUUCCAUUAGGUAUGGAAGGCAUGGAUAUUUAUCAAAUUAAUUAAGAUGGUGAUUUAAAAUUAUACUAAUCAAUGAAUUCAUUUGAUUUAUAUAACAAAAAUGUACCAAUAAGUUUAGUAGACAUUGUAUUUAGUAAAUCUGAAUCAUCAAAUGAGACCUAUGCUUUUAUUUUAGAUAAUAUACAUGGAGUUACAAAGUUUCUUGUUAGAACUAAUGAUAAAUAUAUAGUAUUAAAUAGAGAUGAUAAAUUUGGUUUAGUGAAUAUUAAAUCCGGAUUAACUAUUGCAGUAUAACCUGAUGAUUUUCUGUUAAUUCUCAAAGAAGUGUAUUUAUAAUUAAUUAAUUGUUAGUGGAAUCAAUUAAUAAUUGGUUGAAAUUGGUUUCAAAGAUGAAGGUUGGUUUGAAGUGAAGACUCAUUAUUUGACUGGUUAAUAUUAUGAUAUUAUUAUUUCUAAUUGGUUUGUAUUUCUUAGAGGUAAAGAUGAACAUAGAAUUAUCAGAACUGGAGUCUAUGAUGUAUUUGAACCAGAAUUUAAAUUUUAUGUUCAAGAUGAUUAUUACACAGAAAAAGCCAAUUCCUUUUAUGAGGAUUAUGUCUUUAUUCCUAAACUUUAAAAUGCCUAAUUUUUUGAUGGUAAUUUUUAAACUGAUGGAUAUACCAAUUAAUUUACAUUUAAAAAAAAUCUUCCAUAUUUAUUAGGUUUAACUUAGCAUACUAUUGUGGAAUUACCAUUUCUUAUUAGAAUACCUUCUAUCUAUUGCAAUCCUAGAUCUGAAUAAGAUAUUGGAAAUAUUUAUAAAUAUGAUAUCUUACUCAAUGCUACCUCUUGUCCAGAAAAAGAUGAAUAUUUAAAAGAAAAUCCAAAUGUGCCAUAUCAAACGAUUCAAUGUUCAUAUAAAGAUUCUUUCUAGGUUAAAGUUGUAUUGGCUUAAGCUAAAAUUUAUAAUACUUAAGAAUUAAUUGGUGUUAUUAUUGGUCUCAUAAUUCUCUUGAUUUUAUUAGCAUUCUUGUUAGCUUAUUUGUACAGAAGAUUCAGAAUCAAAGAAGAAGGUUUGACAAGUGCUGUUUAAGGUUUUGAUAACCAAAAAGGGUAUGAUCUAGAACCUAAUGAUGCUCCAGCCACUUAGGGAUUAUGAAUAAUUUG